GGCGCCCGAGGCGGGAGGCACGAGGAGGCGCAGGGGCAGUUCCAGUGGGAGACGCUAUCGCAAGAUGGCGUCUGCGAGGCCGCGGGAUGCGGAGUGAGCGCGCCCCGCCGGGGGCCCCGCGAGGCUGCUCCUCUCCCCGCCGCCGCCGCCGCCGCCGCCGCCGCCACUGCGGCGCCGCCUCUCCGCCUGCCAUUGCGCCGCGGCCAAGCCUCCCGCCUCGCAGCGGCCCCCUGCAGCCCCGGCCUGCAGCCUCCCCGCGCGCCCGUGCCGCACCACGCCCCUCCGACUGCCCGCUCCCUCCGAGGUGAGAGCGCUUCGGGCCGAUGCGGUGAUCUCCGGCGGGCCUGGGAGGAGCGCGUGGACCCGCGGGCGGCGGCGAGCAGCUGGCGAACGCCUUUACAAUGGCCCUGACCCUGUUUGAUACAGAUGAAUAUAGACCUCCUGUUUGGAAAUCUUACUUGUAUCAGUUGCAACAGGAAGCCCCUCAUCCUCGAAGAAUUACCUGUACUAACGAGGUAGAAAACAGACCAAAGUAUUAUGGAAGAGAGUUUCACGGCAUGAUCUCCCGAGAAGAAGCAGACCAGCUCUUGAGUGUGGCUGAGGGGAGUUACCUGAUUCGUGAGAGCCAGCGUCAGCCAGGAACCUACACUUUGGCUUUAAGAUUUGGAAGUCAAACCAGAAACUUCAGGCUGUACUACGAUGGAAAGCACUUCGUUGGGGAGAAGCGCUUUGAGUCCAUCCACGAUCUGGUGACUGAUGGAUUGAUUACUCUCUAUAUUGAAACCAAGGCAGCAGAAUACAUUGCCAAGAUGACGAUAAACCCAAUUUAUGAGCACAUAGGAUACACAACCUUAAACAGAGAGCCAGCAUACCAAAAACAUAUGCCAGUCCUGAAAGAGACACAUGAUGAGAGAGAUUCUACAGGCCAGGAUGGGGUGUCAGAGAAAAGGUUGACAUCACUUGUUAGAAGAGCAACUCUGAAAGAAAACGAGCAAAUUCCAAAAUAUGAAAAGGUUCACAAUUUCAAGGUCCAUACGUUCAGAGGGCCACACUGGUGUGAAUACUGUGCCAACUUCAUGUGGGGUCUCAUUGCUCAGGGAGUAAAAUGUGCAGAUUGUGGUUUGAAUGUUCAUAAGCAGUGUUCCAAGAUGGUCCCAAAUGACUGUAAGCCAGACUUGAAACAUGUCAAGAAGGUGUACAGUUGUGACCUUACAACACUCGUGAAAGCCCAUAUCACCAAGCGACCAAUGGUGGUGGACAUGUGCAUCAGGGAAAUUGAAUCUAGAGGUCUUAAUUCUGAAGGACUGUAUCGAGUAUCAGGAUUUAGUGACUUAAUUGAAGAUGUCAAGAUGGCUUUUGACAGAGAUGGGGAGAAGGCAGAUAUUUCUGUGAACAUGUAUGAAGACAUCAACAUCAUCACUGGCGCGCUGAAACUUUACUUCAGGGAUCUCCCAAUCCCACUCAUCACGUACGACGCCUACCCGAAGUUUAUCGAGUCCGCCAAAAUUAUGGAUCCGGACGAGCAGUUAGAAGCGCUGCACGAGGCCCUGAGGCUGCUGCCCCCCGCCCACUGCGAGACCCUGCGGUACCUCAUGGCACAUCUCAAGAGGCAAGUCACGGGCCGGAGGUUGCUCCUUGUGCUGCGGCCCAGUGUUAAUAAUGAGAUGAGACCAACAAUCUAAGAAAGGACAGAUCACUGAGGGAGUAACUACAGACACGCGCAAGCAGAGGAGGAAGGCUAAACAGUGCGCACCAGUGCCGGGCACAGGCUGGAUGUGGCCACGCUGGCCGUUCGGGUCUGUGGGUGCAGAUAUGUGAGAGCGCCCGGUGUCCGGUGUCCGGUUCUGGUGGGAAGAGGAAAGGUGGUAGCUGUCCCGGCAGAAGCAUUAGCAUAAGAAAGAGCAAAGCAACUCUCCAGAAGUCUCGCUUUCCUUACUUCUUGCUCCCAAACAGGCACUUCACCCUGGGUGACAGGAUUAUUGCCGUAAUGUCUCCGACACUGAAAACUGCUAUAAAAAAUGGAGUAAAAUAAGAGGUAGAGAGAGGAAUAGAAAAUAAAAUACUCUGGCUACUUCUGGUUUAAUGUCUUAAGUAGCUUGAUGGUAGUGUAACUUCAUUUCUGUGCUCGGUUGCUCUCACUCUCUACUAGUUGAAGCAAAUGGUUUUAAAUUAUGGGAUCGAGUUUUAGUGGUUUUAGGAUUUCAAAAUAUAAAGCCAAUUAGAAACAAAAAAGACAGAACUUGACAUCUAUUUUGUAUGCCUCUCGGCAAGAGCUACCCAAAAAUGAAUAUUUAACUGGUGGCGCAUUUAACAUUUACACGGUUUCCCUCCUUUUUAAAAGCAGUAGGAGCUAAAACUUGUGUUUAAUAUGCUUACAAAUUCACUUGCAAAUUCAAGUUUGCUUCAUAUAUGUAUGCAAUUAAGUCCUUAGCACUAACGCAAAGGAAUGGCUCUCCGGCCCUAGUCCGGGCCUUUGCUAGCUAGCAGGAGAGCAAACACGGACACUCAGCCUCCCUCAGUCUCCCUGAACGCAGCCCACUCUGUGCCUCCGCCACCCCCUUCCCCGGAUACUCUGUAAAUAUCCUGGGAACCGGGCAGCCAAGGGAAGGAGGGCUGAUGGACUAAUAGAGACGACCCAGCGCCCCCGUCCACUACAGGCAAACACCCCGCACAUUCCAACAGUGAGCUUGGCCAGGAGCUUCGGUGAUACCAGAAGUUUAAUUUAUUGAUAUGAUUUACUUUGAGGUGAAGAGGGGGACAUACAAGGAGCGUAGCCAAAGAGCUGGUAAGUGGGCCGGAGCCUUGACCGUGAGCCUGGUUUUUGUUGUAGCGCUCGAGCGCUGUGCAGAAUGCCCGGGCUUACACGAAGCCGCACCCCUGUGCUUCUGUUUUCCAGAGUGACCCUCCACGAGAAGGAGAAUCUUAUGAACGCCGAGAACCUUGGCAUUGUGUUCGGCCCGACCCUGAUGAGAUCUCCAGAGCUGGACGCCAUGGCCGCCCUGAAUGAUAUCAGAUACCAGAGACUGGUGGUGGAGCUGCUUAUCAAAAAUGAAGACAUUUUAUUUUAAAUGUUAGUUCGCAGGGGAAAAAAAUGUUUUACAGAUGAAGGAAUGUUUUAUAGUGAUUUAAUUGGCUCUUAUAGCUGCAUCAUUUCUUGGUUAGAAGUUCGGGCAGAUAGCCAGGUUAAAAUGAAGGAACUUUCCAUUGUUUCCAUAGCACUGCUCCGCCGUCCUUGUAAAACAGUGAACACGCACUCCAGUUCUAGUGCCCCUGGGUGUUUAUCAUGUUAAGAGAAACUCAAGCUAUUGCAUGAUUAGCCCUCUCUCUGGCAAGGGAACCCCACACAAAGGAGACAACAAGCCUGCACCGCCUCUCCGUCCCAGGUAGUCUGUGGUUGUAAUUCAGCAUGUUUCGCAGAGUCGAUCUGUCGUGACUUCGCUUUUGGGUUCUAUGUCAUUGGUUUCUGACGCUUCUGUAAACGCUCACAUGAAUGGAUGAACCAGCCCCCCUCAGCUGCUGCGUUGCCAUAGACUAGAACAUACGCCAACUUUUCUCAGACGCUUCAUUUCUGGUUUCUCUUAGUUCUUCGCUAACAUAGUCUUUUCUUUCCAGCAAAAGCAAACUGUGUUUUCAGAUUUGUUACUUUAAUAAAUUAUCCACCAAUAAAAAACUAUAAUGCGGAA